AUGCUUACUCGUAUCAGGCCGUCCAGCGGGCUUCUUAAAUUGCUGAGCGGCAGAAUGCUUUUUGCCAGCCGCUCGUACUCAACGCCCGAGGACAAGACCACCCACUUUGGUUUCAAGACUAUCAACAAGGACGACAAGGAACUGAUGGUCAGAAAUGUGUUUUCGUCCGUGGCUGCCAAGUACGACGUGAUGAACGACGCCAUGUCUUUCGGAGUGCACAGAUUGUGGAAGCACCACUUCAUCAACAGGUUGGACGCUGGCAUGAGACCAGGAGCCCUGAGGCCUCUAGACUUUUUAGAUGUGGCUGGCGGCACUGGUGAUAUUGCUUUUGGCUUGUUGGACCACGCCGAAAAGAACUUUAACGAUGUGCAGUCGACCAUGACCGUUGCUGACAUCAACCCAGAAAUGUUGGCCGAGGGUCAGUUGCGUUUCAACAAGUCGAAAUGGAACGACGGCUCCGGAAGAGUCUCUUUCAUCGAGCAGAACGGAGAGCUCAUGGACGCCAUCCCAGACAACUCCAAGGAUGUGUACACUAUCGCUUUUGGUAUCAGAAACUUCACCAACAUCCAGGCUGGUUUGGACACUGCCUACCGUGUGUUGAGACCAGGCGGAAUCUUCGCUUGUCUCGAGUUUUCCCACGUCGACAACCCUGUCAUUGACUACGCUUACCAGGCGUACUCCUUUAGCAUGUUGCCUUUGAUGGGCCAGUUGAUCGCUGACGACAGAGACUCGUAUCAGUACUUGGUGGAGAGUAUCCGCCGUUUCCCCAAGCAGGAGGACUUUAGCAGCAUGAUAGAGAAAGCCGGCUUCUACGUUCCCGACAAGGGCUACGAGAACUUGACUUUCGGUGUCGCCAGCAUCCACAUUGGUGUCAAGCUCUAA